AAUACAUAGAAAAAUGCCCCGCACGAGUGAGUGGUCUGUGGGUACUGCGAUUGGCUGUGUUCCUUAGUCAAAAGCUUCCUUCUCUUCUUCGUCGCUUCUUCCCAGGCAAGCCCAAAUCCAGAGCCCCUGCAUCCACCAACCAUAUCGGAUUGGAUUAUCAAUGAUACCCACUCCUCUUGUGAUCCCACUCUUUCAUCUUUCUCUGUUUCCAUGAAAGUUAUUUCCUUUUUUAAAAUAAUCACCUCUUUUUGACGCUACACCCACCGACCCCAUUCCUUAAAAAACCCUCUUCAUUUCAUAAUUUUUGUUCAAAUUAAUCCAAAUUUGUGGACUUUUCUGGGUUUUCUUCGUGGGUUUUGUUUGGUUUUUGAUUUUAUGAAAUGGGUUUGCUUCGGUUUUUUAGAGUGAAGAGGAAAUCGAAAGUUGCUGAUAAAAAAACCGUUCUUGAUGCUGAAAUUCAGCCUGGUUUUGGUGCUAGGAAGUUCCGGUGGACUGAAAUCGAGGCUUUUACUAAGAAUUUCUCCACUGUUGUCGGCUCCGGCGGCUUCAGUAAUGUCUAUCUUGCUCGGACGGCGCCGGGGAUGCCGGCGGCGGUUAAGAUUUUGGGUGCUAGUGAGCGGCUAAACCGGAUGUUCCGGCAGGAAUUGGACAUUCUUCUGCAGCUCCGCCACCGGAAUAUUGUCACUUUCCUUGGCUUUUGCGAUGAACGAGAUGAAGGAGCUUUGGUCUUCGAAUAUGUCUCCAAUGGGAGCUUGCAAGAGAAGCUCCACAGCCGGCUGGCGACGGCGAAGACAGCGGUGCCGGUUCUUCCAUGGAAAAUCCGGUUAGCCAUAGCCUUUCAGUUAGCUCAAGCAAUCGAAUACCUCCAUGAAAAAUGCAGUCUACAAAUCGUUCACGGCGAUAUAAAAUCAUCGAACAUUUUACUGGACGAACGAUUCAAUUGCAAACUCUGUGAUUUUGGGUCGGCGAAAAUGGGAUUCUCGUCGGCGGUAGCGAAUCCGUCGUCGUCGUCGUCGCCGUCGAGCCCCUUCAGAGCGAAGCAAUGGAUGAUGGGAUCUCCAGGUUACACAGAUCCCCAAUACUUAAGAACCGGAAUCGCCUCAAAGAAGAACGACAUUUACAGUUUCGGCGUGGUGGUUUUAGAGCUAAUCACCGGAAAAGAGGCUUUCUGCUCGGAGAAGGGUCUGAUUUUGACUUCAAUUUUACCUCCAGCAGUUCGCGACGGCGAAGGAAUUAAACCAUCGGCGGUGGCGGAACUGGUGGAUCCGCGGCUCCGGGGAGAAUUCGACAGCAAUGAAGCCGGAGCGUUGCUAUCAAUCGCAGCGGCUUGCUUAGCGCAGCCGCCCGCACCGAGGCCGGUGAUCGGAGGCGUGCUGCAGAUGAUGACGGAGAAGAUCGGGAAUGUAAGCGACGGGUUAUGGGCGGGGAAACGUGGCAGUAAAUUAUUGGAUGUGGGGAGAUGGUAAAAACAAAAGGGUAAAUAUGUAAAAAUGGGUUAGGAAAGAAUAUUUGUUUGUUUGAUUUUAAAAAUAGGAAAAAAAAAAGAAAAGAAAAACGUGGAGGAUGGUGUCCACGUUGCCAUCACCGACGAUGACUUGUUGUCCAUGACAGCAAUUAUUUUGUGCCGAUUUGGAAUUAUGUGGCUGCCAGAGUGUCAAUUGUGGGCCCCCAUUCUCUCAUUGUUAUUUUAUCCAAUUUCUUACCAUU